UCCAACAUUCUGGGUUUAGUUGGUUCCCAUCAUCUGGGAAUUCAACAGCCGCCGUUCUGUUUGGUUCUUCAUUUUUAGAGAAGAGGACGUUGCGGAUUGCUAAUGGAUACGGACGCCCCAGAAACCGGCAACCAUCAGUCGGUUAUCGACCAGAUUCACAUCGAGGAUGAGAAACCGGAGGCUCAAAAGGACGAGAAACCAGAACAGCAACUCGUCGAACCAGUUGAUCACAAACACGACAAUGCUGAUAACAAGUCUUUAUCGUCGAGAAGAUCAAAUUCAAUCGGUGUCGAAGAAAACACACACAAGACGACAGCAGAAAGCGACACUGACGUCAAACCAUCCAUUCAGGUAGAUGAAGAAAAAUCGUCCUCAUUGCCAAUCAAAAAAGAUUCGACAUCAAUUGGCAAAGAAGAGAAGUUAAAUGACAGCCGUGCAUCAUCGUCUUCAAUGACUUCGUCCGCGACAUCCAUUGAAGAGGUUAAGCAAAUGACUAAACGCCAGUACAUGACCGUCAUCAUCAUCCAGGCUACAACAUUAGGCGAAGAUGUUUCUUAUACCAGGGUGUCGCUAAUAGUAGGAUUUGAAGCGGCUUUGGCCGACGUUGUGGGUGUCGCAUCCGGAUCGCUUGUCGGACAGAAAUUGAGGAAACGUUAUCCAACUGCCGAUGCACAAGUUUGCGCUUGGAGUAUGGUCAUCUGCGCUCCAUUACUCUUUGGGGUUGCUCCAUUGCAUCAGGUCCUCCUGUGUCAAUGUACAUCGUCCUCUUCUUCGGCCAGUGGUUCCUUAACGUUAAUUGGGCGCCCGUCGGUGACAUCCUUCUGUACGUCGUUAUUCCAACGAGGCGUUCAACGGCUGAAGCUUUUUCCAUCCUUGUAUCCCACGCUCUGGGUGAUGCCGGAUCUCCUUACAUCGUUGGAGUGGUAUCAGACAGUUUCAAAAAGUCACUGACUGCUGCGGCAGAAACAAAGAUGUCACCGUACGAUUACUAUGGUGGUGCGAUGAUGCUGGAUGAAUCUUCCGCUAGCAACAACUGCUCCGGUUCUUCGUUCAUCGACACGGAGACGGUUGACAUCGAAUUUCAAGCGCUUCAGUAUUCGCUGUUCAUUACGACCAUCAUUGCGGCGCUCAGUGCUUAUUUCUUUUUCGCAAACGCUUGGUACAUUGUCAAAGACAAGGCAGCCGUUGAAAAAGCAGUGAGAGGUAUGUAUAGAGCAACUCCAUCUCGUUCAGGGGCCUGAACGCUGUCAGGCAAAACAUGACGACAACUCCUGUUAGGGUUCAGGUCCCUGGCCUCAAUUUGCAGCAAGAGAU